UUUUGUUUUUGACUGUUCAGUUUCCAGUGGAGGUAAACGUUAUUUUGGCCGUACAGAAACGCCAGCUGAACCAUGAAGUGUCUCACUUGUCGACAGUUGGAAGAUACGCAAUCCAUUUUCCUCUCGUUUACAGGAAAACACAUUAAGUUACCGUAAGUUAAAUGAAUUAGUCGUAAAAAUAGGUACAUUUUCUUGUAUAGCUAGCUGUAGCAUUAAUUUAGUUCGUCUCUCCCCGUCAUAAACCCGUAGAUGUUAACAUUGAGACCACACACCCUUUACUGAUGAUUAUGCUAAAGGGUGUUUUGUAGUAAAAGACAAGCUCAUGUGGACCAAGUCAACUCCUCUACUAAUCUAACAGCUGACAUGAUGGCCAUCUUUGGAGCAAGAGCAGUCCUUCUCAAACUGAGGUACACUUUCCAGAAAGCAGGCUCCACUACUGGAGCCAGACUCAUCCAGAACUCCAGGGCAUGCUUUACUAGAAGAGGGCAGGUUUUAACCCAACUACCCAAGGUGACACUGCUGUGUUGGGGUGCAGUCAGUGCAUCAUCAUGCACAGCCACAUGCCAGGAAGCAACUCUUCCAUGCCAAACUACUGAAAAAAAGUUUCUAGCCAGAGUCCAAGUGCACAAACUUGUAUUUUUCCUCCGCCUCAGCCUUCGUGCAGUGGUGCUGCUCCUUAAAUUUGGCCCCCUUCUCCUCCUGUCCCCUUUGACUCUGGUGUCCACUCGAUGGGCAUCCUGCUGGCUGGAUGCUCUGCUAUGGGUGACUGAAACAUCUGGUCCCACUUUCAUUAAGCUGGGGCAGUGGGCCAGCACCAGGCGGGACAUCUUCUCACAUGAGCUUUGUGAGCGUUUCUCCAAGCUUCACAUAAAGGUGCGCCCUCACUCCUGGGCCCACACCAAGCAGUGCCUCCAGAGGGCUUUUGGAGAGAGCUGGAGGAGGGUUUUGGUGUUUGAGAGCAAAGAGCCAGUGGGUUCCGGAUGUGUGGCACAGGUGUACAGAGGCUGGGCAAAGGCGGACCGGGUGGAGGACCCAGCCUUCCAGUCACUGGUGGAGGAGAUGGAGAAAGAAGACUUGCUGGAAGCCUGGGAGAUCCCUGGUCUGGGAGGAGUGGCGAGGUCUCUUUGGCAGCUCUGGAGGGGGAGUGGAGAGGAGGAGAGCUAUGAGGAGAGAAGUUACCCAAAGGGGAAACAUGAGGAGAGCAGCGCAGAGAAGGAGCAUCUGAUACCUGUGGCUAUCAAGGUGAUUCAUCCAGGUGUGAGGAGGCAGGUGGAAAUUGACCUACUGUUGAUGAAAGCGGGCUGUUGGCUCUUGAACUGCCUGCCUGGACUCAAAUGGCUCAGCGUGUGCGAGAUUGUGGAUGAGUUUGAGAAGCUCAUGACCAAACAGAUUGAUCUCCGUUUUGAAGCCAGGAACAUCGAGCGUUUCCAGGAAAAUUUCCGCAAUGUGGAUUAUGUCAGAUUCCCAACAACAUUACGACCGUUUGUCACCAGGACCAUUUUAGUGGAAACUUUUGAAGAGAGUGAACCUGUAUCCAACUACCUGAGCUCCGAGGUCCCUGAGGAGGUGAAGAAGAAAAUUGCCAGGAUGGGAAUAGAGACCAUGCUGAAGAUGAUUUUUGUGGACAAUUUUGUCCAUGGGGAUCUCCAUCCUGGGAACAUUCUGGUCCAGUGUCGAGGGCCUAAUCCUGGUUCCACUGACAGUACUGGUAUAUCAGGGGAGGCCCAUGGUAAGACCACUCUCACAGACUUGUGGGACACAGUGGUGGUCAGCAUCAGGCCAGAUCCGUGUCCUCUCCAGUUGGUGCUGCUGGACGCCGGCAUUGUAGCGCAGCUCAGCGACCAUGAUCUUGCCAACCUCAAGGCUGUCUUCACGGCUGUGGUGCUGCAACAGGGUGAGCGAGUGGCAGAGUUGUUCCUGAAUCACGCUCGGGCCAAUGAGUGCAGAGACGUGCCAAAGUUUAAGAAGGAGAUGUCCCAGCUGGUGGACCAGGCCCUCAGCAAAUCCCUCUCUCUGGGAAAAUUCCAAGUGGGUGAUUUGCUCUGCAGACUCUUUGGUCUACUCAUCAAACACAAGGUGAAGCUGGAGAGUAAUUUUGCCUCCAUUGUGUUUGCCAUCAUGGUGCUGGAGGGUCUCGGCAGGUCACUUGAUCCGAACUUGGACAUCCUGGAUUUGGUCAAACCCCUGCUGCUAAAGAAAUGUGCCUCGAUGCGAUGACACACACACACACACACACAAACAGACUGCUCGAACACAGUGGACCACACACAGACAGGCACCUUAAUCACACAUAAAGCUACUAAGUCCCUACAUAGUGUUUACAUGUAGUACAUCUAUAGAUAAGGUGCAUAUGUAUACAGGGUGUCUACAGGUAUAAAGACUUUUAAAUGUAGUGCUUUUUAAGACAUUUUCAGGAUAAAUUUUAUCCAAAUUUAACAUUUCUGGACAAAUAAUUGCAAGUAUUAAGGUAAGUAAGUUUAUACGUAGUCCAGUAAAGACGUAGGUUUUAUGGAGAAAUUUCAAUGUUAGGGUGAGUUAGAUUAAUCUACCUUUUGCCAACAAGCAAGUCCAGGUAUAAAGUAAAAAGACAGCAUUAGGUUCAGUUGUAAAGAUUUGCAUCAUCAGAAAUGUGCAAUUACAUUCAGAAGAGCUCAUUUUGACAAAAAGAAAUGAAAGGAUAGAUACAUUAAAUAAAACGUUAGGAGCAAGUAAUAUCUCGCAAAUUAAAAUGUAUGCCUAACAUUUUCAGUUUUAGGCCUUUUUUUAAAGAACUGCAGACACCCUGGUAUACUGUAUCUUCUCAGUGCUAUCAUGACUGAACCACGCUGCAUGCCCCCAGUCACCUAGAAGUCAGGAAAUAGCAACGACAAUCGGAGUCCGCUCAACAGGGCGCAGUGCGGAGAACCCUCCAGAUCAACUUCAACAAUGACAUCAAUAAAUAAACUGAGUCUGUGGCAGAUUUAAUUUUUUAAAACAGAAUCAAUUGUACGCCAAAUAAUUCCACAAACUGUAACAUGGAUAUCCAGAACCACACACUGCAGUUAUAAAGCAGUACCCUAAAUUGUAAGAAGGGAAAAGGGGACGUAAUUGCAAUGCACAAGUUAACGAGUUGUACCUGUUAUAAUUUCAUGUGACAAAGUGAUUUAUUUAUGAUAAGUUGUAUUCAAGCUUACAAGAUUUCACUGUGGAUCACAUGGUCGCCGUCUUAUCACUACAUUUAAGCAGUGCCCUUAAUACCUCAUUGAGUUUUACAAUGAUGCUGCCUGCGGUACGUCCACUUUCAUCACUGUUACUCUUGUCAUCCACUGCGUUCUGGUUGAAGUACAAACAUUUCACCGCAGGAAAAAAUCUUCAAGGCACCUCUUACUGAGCCUAAUGAACCAGAGUAUGUGCGCUUUACAUGAGGCAACACUUGUUUAUUGAGUGCUAAUGGACCCAGACACAUAAGCAGACACAUAGAUGGCAUAAGAGACCAUUUGUAGUGAUUUGCGAUAUAAAAGAAAAUACUUUGAAAAUCCCUAGUCGACACUCCGAAGCAUAUGUUUUAUUUUUUAAUGACUAAUAUUGAUCUCAGGAUGUCUUUUAUUACUACAUCUUUUAUUGUAUCUUAGAUAAUGUUGUCUAAUGGGCCAUUAUUUGCUUUAGUGUGACUCACAAUGUGCUGUAACAUUGACAAUGUGAAGCCUUUGGCUAAUUGUACUCAACAGCUCACCAAUGUGUUUUACCUUUCCAUUAAAAUAGUGGAAACAUUUUAUGAAUUAUGCAUAUCAAUAAAAUGUUAUCUGUG